GUUUGUCUGUGGCUCGAGUGGAAGAGCUGGGAUGAGGAGGAAGAGGAGGAGGAACCCGAGGAGUAGGAGGAGGGCCGUUGCAGUUCAGAACAUUUUUGUUCCGGCUUUUAUCGCCCUGCGCUGCCGCGGAUCAGCACGGAUACCUGCAUCAUCGCCGGUUUUGUGCCAUGGGCACCGAGGAAGUUCGGCUGCCUUCGGCGUCCAGCCAUGCAAUGGUGGAGAGCUAUGUUUCCCGCAUGGCCUCGCAGCUGCCCGCGCACUUCGCCUUCGCCACCCUUGCGCCGUGGAGGUCGCCGCAGCGACCCAGCAGGCUCUCCGCACCAGACUCUGCGCCUGAGGGCCACUGGGACGCAGAGGUGAUCGCGUCCCUGGCGUCCGAGUGCAACAGCUUGUUGGUGGCAUGCACGUUCAAAACGCGAUACGAGAAGCGCGUGAUGAAGAAGUUGAUGGAACAGCUCGAGCCGCACGGUGACUUCUGCGUGUACGUGCUGCAGCUGCUUGAGGUCCCGGGUGAGAUGAGCCGGGAGUACGUGCAGGCGGUCAUGGCGCGCCACGACGCGCUCUUGGCUGUCGGUGCCAACGCGGUGGUGCUGGAUCCCGGUGACGAUCCAGAUCGGCUGCGCCACAAGCUCGAUCAAGAGCGGGCUUGGUUCGAAGCGAAUGCGAAGCGUGCUCAUUCUAUGGUUGUUUCGAACGACGAACACUUCCAUCGCGUGCUUAAGUAUCACCACAAGCUGCUAUGGGAGGCCGUCCCCGAAGCUCUGAUGCCAAAGUUCGACCCCAUCGAUCGUAACCUCGUGGAGACGAGUUACAGGGUGGGCAAUUACCAGCUGACCAAUCGUUUUAGGGCAAGAAGAGGCACCGUAUUGCUUGCCGAUCGAAGCGAGUCCGAAAAACUUGUCCUCAAGGUCUACGACAAGUCGAUCUGUGUAUCUGUUGAAGACUUGGAGUGCAUCGAUCGCGAAUUGCGCUUCUUGAGGGACAGGCUGAGGCACCCGCACAUCGUCCGUUGCAGUAGCAUGCACCAAAGCUUCUCCCGGGUGUACUUGGCCCUCGAGUUUGGGGGCAUGCAGAAUUUGCACCAGCGCCUCCACGACCAGCCCGGGUACCGCCUCGAUCUGGAGGAUGCUGUGGGCUGCGCAAUGCAGAUAGCAGGAGCGCUUGCCUACUGUCACUCACGGGACGUCGUGCACAGACAAGUGUCUCUGGAGCACAUUAUCGUGGAUGACCAGUAUGACAAGCUUUUUUGCCGCUUGGUUGACUUCAACCGGGCGGCGUGCUGCCCUGACUCGACGCCGUCGGUCAUGCCGUGCGGAGACUUGCCGUGCAUCGCCCCGGAGAUGGUCUUGGACGAGUCGUACUUUGCCAAGCCUGCGGACUGCUGGAGCCUCGGGGUGGUGCUUCUCGAGGCCGCUGGGGGCCUGGGCUCGAUGAAGCAGGCGGUCGGCUGGCUCGAGAGGGCGGAGCUGGAGCCCACCGCCAGAAGGAUCGGAGCUUCUUCUCCGGCAAUGGCAGCCAUGCUCGCGCACUGGCGAUCAUGGGCGGCGUGCGCAGUGAGCCAGUGCUGGCUAAGCUGUCCGCACUCCUCGAGCCGAGGCCCGCGGCUCGGGCGGCCAUGGGAGUCAUCGCGCAGUCCUCCGCCUAGUCCCGCGGCUCCUCGGAGGGCCCCGAGGGGCCAGAACAAGGAGGGGCUCCGUGAGUUGGAGCGUGAGUUGAGCCUCGCUCCCUCUCUACCCACUGCGCAGUAGUGCCAUGCCGUGCUACGCAGCAGAUUUGGCCAGCGGUCGGGCAAGUCAGGCUAGCCUCUGUCCUGGCCGCGUGGCCAAAGGCUUUGCUUGCGGCGCACGCUGCGCCCAGCCGCCGACUUGAGUUCUCAUCCAUCACGUCUCCUUCCACUCGUUCUUGCCUGCAGGAGGUGGGGCGCUGGCCAGGCAUGCGAGAGCAUGCCGCAUCAUCUGCCUUGUCCUCGCUCCUCGCCGAAUGCGGCAACUCCAGAGCUCGACAAGAGCGUGAAGCUCGCUGGCGCUGUGGUGCAGGCCAUCGUUUGGCCGAUACUCUGAGGGGCACGUUGCACCCACAGGCUGAUUGGAGCUGGGGUUAUUGUAAGCACGCGGCACGAACUGAAGCUUCUCUUCAUGGUUUACUUGGGUAUGGUCCCGCCCAUUGCUUUUCUCGCGCGAGCGUGAGAUCUAGGGGGCACGCCCCCCUCACGCGAGCGUGACGCUUUAAAUCGUAUUGAGGCACCGCCUUCGACAGAAACCCAUGAUUGAGCCGUGCACAGCUCGUUUCAAUGAUUUUCACUUAGCUGUCCCCUGCGCACCUCGUAACCACUAAGUUAUAGAAUGGUCGAUCAUGAUGACAUUUGUUGUUCUGAUCUGAUAAUUUUCCGCGCGCAUGGUUUAGGACAGCGGCGACAUCAGCACGCUUCUAGUGGCAGCGGCCAUGAGCGAAGGUGUCGCUUGGACUAUCGUCUCGGCUAGGCUCGCCAGCGAGUGCCCAGGGCGGCAGCCCCACGGCUCCUUGGCGCCAAUGACGCCAAGGACCGCUUUCCUGUGAAUGAGAAGUGGCUUGGGAGAGUGGUUUUGGAGAGCGCCGCCCAGCUGCCCCUGGAGAUGUCGGCGCAAGCGGCAGUCAGGUGCUGGAGCUGGUGGACCUGGAAUGACGAGGCACGGAGUACAUUUCCCUUCGCGUUUUGUCUGGGUCUGUUUUUUUUGCCCUAUGGCGCAGCCAUGCAAUGGUGCUCGCGCGUCACUGCCUGCGACAAAUUGAGCCUUGCACCGCUCCUGUUAUUACUGAUUCUCACAUAGCUGUGCUUUGCGCACCCCGUAAACCCUACAUGCUCAGUUGUUCUGACAUGUUUUUCGUGCGCAUGAAUUAGGACAGCGGCGACACCAUCAUGCUCCUAGUGGCAGCGGCCUGUCGCGAAGGUAUCUCUUGCUCCCUCGACUCCCCCCCACACACACAAGGCUGCAUAGGUCUCUGGGGCGGGCGGCUGUGAGAGUCACGGGGAUUUGUUUGGAGCUCCGCGCCCCCUUAGCCAUGAUGUGCAUGCAGCAGCGGCUGGUGACACUGCAAGCGUUGAGGCAGAGGGAACCUGGCGAGCUGAAAAGAUUGCAGUGGGCCGAGGGCCCCACAAGGCCUCCUGCCCCGUGGACGUGAGGCUUGAGGCAGUCCUCACGGAGGUGGCGAGGGAGUCCUUUCAGCAUAAGUGACUCAGGCCGAGCUCACAUUCACCACAAUAUCUGGCUUCCGGUGGAUUUGGUGGUUGCUUUUGUACAAAUCUCGCCAGGCGUACCCAGCGUGCCUUGAUGUGGUGAACCUCGCAGCCUUUGUCAAGACCAGCCGCACGCGCAGUCAAGAUCAGCCGCAGCAAGAGCUGCCGGUAGCGACAACGACACGCAAACGAACAGAUGAUUGCGGGGAAGAGUCGUUUCUGGCUAAUUUGUUCCAUGUGCUGCCCCUGGGAGAACCCUCGUGAUUGGAUGCAAUGGCGAGGUGCCGAAUACGUAUAUGAGAGGAGACGGAGGAUAACCAUGAGG